ACUUUCGAAUUUUGAUUUUAUUGUAGCAUAGCAUGGGGUGGGUCCUGUCUGCACAAAGCAAUCAGUGCCAUUGCUGAAAACGGAACAGAAGCAUAUUACUACGUUCUGUUCUGCAUCUCUCUAUAACCUUUCCACCACAACCAUUUCAUCCGCGCUUAGGGUUUUUCCUUUUCUUCUUCUUCUUCUCACUUUCUUUCUACCGCUUAAAGCUGCUGCUGCUGCCUUAAUGUGUCAUUCCAUCUUCGCCUUUGCUUCUUCUCGCUGCUACUGCUUCUUUCCGAUCGCAUUUGCUUCGUUUUAAAUUCUGACUCGUCCAACCAAUAUCAGGGUUUCAAAUGUCAAGUAGCUGGUAAACAGAGUGAAUGUACCAUUCAGACUUCAAUUUUUAUCUGUCUAAAGAAUGGUUUGGAUGCCGGGUUCUCUUUCCUUGGAUUGUGGCUUAUGGUGUGUGAUAUACUGACGUGAACUAGUUAGUAGUGAGAUUGAGCAUUGCGAAUCAACGUUUAUGUGAUGCCUUAUUAUGAAAGGGUACGUUAGUUGAGCAAUUAGUCUAGUAAUGGGUUCAUUCUCUGGCACUUCUGAAAUAGUUGAGGCAAGGGAGGAGCUGAAUACAAGGAAAGCUCCUGGGAUUUAUCAGUACAAUUCUGAGUGUAGCACGUCUGAGAAAAGUCACAAACUUUCAGUGCUGAAACUGGGAUGCAAGGAUGAUCUAGACGAUGAUAUUAAUAAGCUGUUUGAAUCAAUUGCUCUUAAGUCUUCGUCAAGGGAUUUGGGUCUCUUACAAGACGGUGCAAGUCCUAGACUGAAAAGUGCGUUAAAAAAGCCAAUUACAAUGGGUGUUCCUCGGUCCCCAAGAGUUGGAGCUGAGUCUGUUAAUUUAAAGCAAGCAUUAAGAGACCUUUGCAUAUCUAAGGCAUCGGAAAUGGCCGCUAUGAAGCGAUUAUCAAAGUCAACAGCUUCUCCAAGAAUAUCUGAAGUUGGGAAGAUACAGACAUUGUACAAUUCAGUUGUAGCUGAAACCAAUCGGCCUGGGCCUUCCUCUGUUGAAAGCAAGGAGCGUCAAAUUGAAGUAGCUCUUGUACCUGAAAAAAGUAAGUCCCUUACAUUGGUGAAGACCUCUCAAUCUUAUCAAGCUGCCCAAAUCGCAUCGUCGAGCCGAAACAUUCAUUCGUCUCGGCAAGUUGCUGUUGCCACCACUCAGUAUGAUUCUGGGACUUCAUUGGCACAAAGUGAUAUGGCAUGCCCAUCAAGUAAAGUUGGAAUUCAGUCACAAAGAGUGGUACCUGUUGAAUUAGAAGAACAAGCAUCUGCCUCUUCAUCUUCUAUUCCUAAUACAAUUGGAAGCAAGCUAGAGGUGCCCAAAAAUGCUUCUUCCCCUAAAAAGUUGGGUAAUAAAGCAUUUGGGUCAAAUAACGGGAAGAAAGGUAGACUGCAAACUGAAUCUUCAUCUACUUCUGCAAAUGGCAACAGAGUUAACAAACUGCCACGCCAUGCCCCCCGCACUGUUAAAUCGGUCAUCAAGAACAAGAAUCUGACUAAGAAGAAACCAAAGGAGGAUUCGGGUUCUGCUUUAUGUGGUCCUACGCCCAAUGCAGUUAAGAAGCCAGUUCCUGGUACCCCUCGGCUAAUUUGUGAGAGAUGUAGAUGUGCUUUAGAAAAUACAAGUGAAGAAAAAAACCAAGAUCCUGUGCCAUUGGACUCUACCAGUCCUGGAAAUGGAGUAAACACGAGUAAUGUACACUCCAGCUUAAAUAAACCUGGUUUGGUGUUAACUGGCGUUAAUAAAAGCAAAACAGUUGCAAAAGUCAAGAACUCCAAGUUGAAAGAGCAACUUGAAUUUUCGCAAAGCUCUAAAAGUAGUCAAGGUGAGUACAGUAGUAGUACAAGUACCAGUGAUGAGAGCAAUGUAAGUGGCUCAAGUCGUAGCACUAGGCCUCACAUGUCAAAAGAUGUCAGAUGGGAAGCCAUACGACAUGCUCAAAUGCAGCAUGGAGUCUUGAGCUUGAGAAACUUCAAUCUCUUGAAGAAGCUUGGUUGUGGGGACAUUGGGACUGUAUAUCUUGCGGAACUAAUUGGCACAAGCUGCUUGUUUGCUAUCAAGGUCAUGGACAAUGAAUUUUUGGAAAGGAGAAAGAAAAUGCCCAGGGCUCAAACUGAAAGAGAAAUACUAAGGAUCCUGGAUCAUCCUUUUCUUCCCACAAUGUAUGCACAAUUUACAUCAGAUAAUCUAUCGUGUCUCAUCAUGGAGUAUUGUCCAGGAGGAGAUCUUCAUGUUCUACGGCAGAAGCAACUUGGUAGAUGUUUUUCAGAGCCAGCAGCAAGGUUCUAUGUUGCCGAAGUCCUUCUUGCUUUGGAGUACUUGCACAUGCUUGGAGUUGUUUACCGUGAUUUGAAACCGGAAAACAUUCUUGUUCGGGAAGAUGGUCACAUUAUGCUCACAGAUUUUGAUCUGUCCCUGAGGUGUGCUGUUAACCCAACACUUCUGAAAUCUUCAUCUGAUGUCGACCCUGCAAAAAUUUCUGGUCUAAGUGUGCAAUCAAGUUGCAUUGAACCAUUCUGCAUCGAACCAUCUUGUCAAGUUCCAUGCUUCAGCCCAAGAUUACUACCUGCGGCUGCAAAAACAAGGAAAUUAAAAGCUGAUCCUUCUGCCCAGGUCAGAUCAUUGCCACAGCUGGUGGCCGAGCCCACUGAUGCAAGAUCAAACUCCUUUGUUGGUACACAUGAAUACUUGGCUCCCGAGAUCAUCAAAGAAGAGGGACAUGGAGCUGCGGUUGACUGGUGGACAUUUGGUGUUUUUCUCUAUGAACUUUUGUAUGGUAGAACACCCUUUAAAGGUUCUAACAAUGAAGAAACAUUGGCCAACGUAGUGAUGCAGAGUCUUAGAUUCCCUGACCACCCAUUUGUUAGUUUCCAAGCAAAGGAUCUGAUUAGAGGGUUAUUGGUUAAAGAGCCUGAAAACCGUUUGGGUUCAGAGAAAGGGGCUGCUGAGAUCAAACAACACCCUUUCUUUGAAGGCCUUAACUGGGCCUUAAUUCGGUGCGCGGUCCCUCCAGAACUUCCAGACUAUUAUGAUUAUGGAGUUUCAGACAUGAUUAACUCACAGGUUAAGGGUGCUAAGUACUUAGAGUGUAAAGUAGGAGAGCGUGUAGAAUUCGAGUUGUUUUAAAGACAUUGCUUUCUAUCGAAAACGGCAUUCGAUGUUAUGGAUUCUCAUUUAUGGCUCGCUGUCGGUGUCGAGAUGUAAUUUAUUUGUAAGCCUUAAGCUUAAUAGUCUCGUUGCGAAUAA